AUGCUGAAGGAGCUCCAGUUCUUCCUGUCGGCCAUCCUGCUGCUUGCCUGUGUCUUCUUCUACCAGCUCAGCCUGAAGUCCAGCUGUCUCUUCUCUUGCCUUCCUCCCCAAAAGGCCCAGCAAGACCCGGAAGCCCUCCUGGGCCAUGGGCAUGGCAUUGUGUUCAUAGAGACCUCAGAGAGAAUGGAGCCAACGCCUCUGGUCUCUUGUGCUGUGGAAUCUGCUGCCAAGACUUACCCAGAGAAGCCCGUGGUGUUCUUCAUGAAGGGUCUCAACACCACCACACGGCUGCCCUCAAACUCCACUUACCCAGCCUUUUCCCUCCUCUCAGCCAUAGACAAUGUUUUCCUCUUCCCUUUGGAUAUGAAAAGGCUGUUUGAAGACACACCAUUGCGUUCAUGGUACACUCACAUCAACGCCAGUGUGGAGAGCAACUGGCUCCACGUCAGCUCAGAUGCGUCCCGCCUGGCCAUCAUCUGGAAAUAUGGCGGCAUCUACAUGGACACCGAUGUCAUCUCCAUCCGGCCCAUCCCUGAGGAGAACUUUCUGGCUGCACAGUCUUCUCAGUACUCUAGUAAUGGGGUGUUUGGAUUCCUGCCCCACCACCCCUUCCUGUGGGAGUGCAUGGAAAACUUUGUAGAACACUACAAUUCAGACAUUUGGGGCAACCAGGGUCCCAGUUUGAUGACAAGGAUGUUGAGACUGUGGUGCAAACUUAGAGACUUCCAGGAGGUGAGUGAUUUCAGGUGUUUGAACCUGUCCUUCCUACACCCUCAGAGAUUUUACCCCAUCUCCUAUCCAGAGUGGAGGCGCUACUAUGAAGUCUGGGACAAAGACCUGAGCUUCAAUGACUCCUACGCCCUGCAUCUGUGGAACUACAUGAACAACGAAGGAAGGACUGUGGUUAGAGGGAGCAACACGCUGGUGGAAAAUCUCUGCCGUAAGCACUGUCCCAGGACUUACAGGGACCUGAUUCAAAGCCCAGAGGGGUCAGUGACUGGGGAGGUGGGUCCAGGUAACAAAUAGAGCCCACACUGGCUCUAUGUUAUAGAACCGGUUCCUGGAGUGCCAGCGUGCAGCUCAUGUCCACGUUCCCCAGGGGUGGGGGGGUUUACCCACGUAUCGCUUAGGCUCAGCUUUCUCUGUCUAUAAUACAAAAAUCCCAAAGACCAUUGGUGUAUAAAAUAUAGAAGCUUAUUU